UUGAAUUUUUAGAUUUUGAUGUUCCAAGGGGAACUAAAUUUUUAAAAUUUUUAAAAUAAUUAUUAAGUGGGAUGCAGAAUAUCUCACACUCAUCAACAAAUACUCAGACAAUUGAGGAGCAAACAGUAGUAGACGCAAGCCCAUCAGUUAAAAUGAAGCUUAAAAAACCUCAAAGCAAAAAGAAUGUUAAAUGGGACAAUAAGACUGUUGAUAAUGAAAAUAUGGGGAAAAAGAAAUCAAAAUGUUGCUGUAUUUACGAAAAACCUGAUACGUUAGAAAACGAUGUUUCACCUACCUCCGGCAGCCAAAUUUCAUCCAGCGAAUCCGAUGACGAUAAUGAUAGUGAGCUCUGCCACGAUUGUCACUAUCAUGAUCAUAUCGCUAAAAAUGGUGGAAAAAUUAUAAAAUCAUGGCAUGAUUGAAUUAUGUGUUUUCCAAAUUCAUGGGCCAAGGUACAUAUAUCCCUUUGCAAAUACAACAAUUAGAGAGCUAAAUGUUAAUGAAUUGUUUAAAAUUAUACAUUGUUCAAAAUUAUACAUUGUUCAAAAUUAUACAUUGUUCCUCCAAAAUAUUUCUUCAUUUAAUAUAUUUUUGGUAAUAUCUUUUACACAAAUAUUCAACUUCUUCGACAGUUACUUUCAGAACUUUCUUGCAGAUUUAUAUUUGCUCCUUACAUAUUAUUGACGAUGCCAAUCUUGUUUGGAUAAUUAUACAUAAUGUAAUAUAAAUUGGGAAUUAGUAAUUUUCUAAAACCAUGCUUU